ACUUUUUUUCCCCUUUUGUAGAGAGAUACUCAUCUUCCCUCUUCAUCCUCCUCGUCCUCACAAUCAUCUCAUCUCUCACAGGAACACAGUGACCGACCCCAACAGCAAGAGAGAGAGAGAGAGAGAGAGAGUGGGGUUUUUGCCUUAGCAAUUGAGUUUGAUUUCUCCGCUUUAUUCUAUUUCUACAAUUUAGGGUUUGCUCUCCAGGUUAAGGGGGAAGUACCUUUCUUUGUUUUGUUUUAGGGUUUUCGCUGCUUGGAUCGGAUUUAAAUUGAAGUUGGAGAGAGAGAGAGAGAGAUGGGAGGGAUAAGGGGGUGUUGAUUUCCUUCUUCAUCUCUCGGGUCUGGCGGUGAAAUACAAGUAGCGUAGGAGGAUGGAAGGGAGGAGGAUAUCGGCGAAUCCAAGGCCUUGUUCCGGAAGGAGGAUAUUGGCGAAGAAGAGGCCUCGCACCAAUGGAUUUGUCAACACUGUUAAGAAGUUACAGAGACGCGAGAUUUCUUCUAAGCGAGAUCGUGCUUUCAGUAUGAGCAAUGCCCAGGAGAGGUUUCGCAAUAUGCGUUUGAUGGAAGAGUAUGAUACUCAUGAUCCCAAGGGCCAUUGUUCAGUAGUGCUGCCCUUUUUGAUGAAGAGAACAAAAGUCAUUGAGAUUGUAGCUGCACGUGAUAUUGUCUUUGCUCUUGCACAUUCUGGUGUUUGUGCAGCUUUUAGUAGAGAGACAAAUCAGAGGAUAUGUUUUCUGAAUGUGAGUCCUGAUGAAGUCAUUCGAAGCUUGUUCUAUAAUAAGAACAAUGAUUCACUCAUCACAGUUUCAGUUUAUGCUUCUGACAACUUUAGCUCCUUGAAGUGCAGAUCAACUAGAAUUGAGUACAUAAGGAGAGGCAAACCAGAUGCUGGUUUUGCUCUUUUUGAGUCUGAGUCCUUGAAGUGGCCGGGCUUUGUAGAGUUUGAUGAUGUUAAUGGGAAGGUCCUAACCUACUCUGCGCAAGAUAGUGUUUACAAGGUUUUUGACCUUAAAAACUACACAAUGCUGUACUCUAUAUCGGACAAACAUGUUCAAGAAAUCAAAAUCAGUCCGGGAAUCAUGUUGUUGAUAUUCAAUAGAGCAAGUAGCCAUGUUCCUCUUAAGAUUUUAUCAAUAGAAGAUGGGACAGUUCUAAAAGCCUUCAACCAUCUGCUUCAUCGAAAUAAGAAGGUGGACUUCAUUGAACAAUUUAAUGAAAAGCUCCUUGUUAAGCAGGAAAAUGAGAAUCUUCAGAUCCUGGAUGUUCGGAAUUCAGAAUUAAUGGAAGUUAGCAGAACUGAGUUCAUGACUCCCUCUGCAUUUAUCUUUCUCUAUGAGAAUCAGCUGUUCCUAACUUUCAGAAACAGAACUGUUGCUGUUUGGAAUUUUCGUGGGGAGCUUGUAACUUCAUUUGAGGAUCACCUGUUAUGGCAUCCUGACUGUAACACAAAUAACAUAUACAUAACAAGCGAUCAGGAUCUAAUUAUUUCUUACUGCAAAGCUGAAUCUGAAGACCAGUGGAUGGAAGGAAAUGCUGGCUCUAUCAAUGUCAGCAAUAUCUUGACGGGGAAGUGCUUGGCCAAAAUAAAUGCUAGCAAUGGCAAUCCCAAAGGUGAUGAGUGCAGUGGCAGUACCUCAAAGCAGAGUCACUCUCCUAUGAGAAGUACGGUUGCAGAGGCGUUGGAAGACAUAACUGCACUUUUCUAUGAUGAGGAGCGGAAUGAGAUCUACACUGGUAAUAGACAUGGAUUGGUUCAUGUGUGGUCUAACUGAAGUUAAGAGCAUGCUUUGUUUUGAUCUAAAGAUGUACUCUGACAUGCCUGCAAUGAGAUCUACACUGUUAAUAGACAUAAUCUGGGUUAUGUAUAGCAAAUUCAAGAGCUGGUUUCAUCACUUAGAUCAAGCUCCUAAGAUUCCCCAAUCAGGGGAUGUUCCAUACCAGGCUGCAUUACUUUUGACACUGUAUUGUUGAUUUGCUUCAGAGUGAAUUGUACCAUGAAAUAUUUUUAGCUUCUUGCCUAGCAAAUUGUAGAUCUACUUUUGGGAGUUCGUAGGGUGUUCAAUUGAGACGCAACUGUUAAGAUUUCUCGACAUUGAGCAACAUGUAACAUUAGUUUGUAUUGUUUUUGUGUCUGCCAAGUAAACAAGAUGUUUGCUUGUUAAGUAUCAGUCUCUACCAGAAGUGAACGAACAUUCUGGAAAUUUGAUGUUUGGGCGAGGAAAUCUAUCAGAAGUGAGGUUGCAGCAAUAUUGUUUUUCCCAUUAGUAUGACAUCAAAAGGUAUAAAAUGAGUAGCGUGAGAUAAUUCUGUCUUCCAA